CAUCCCUGGGGAUUCCAGCAGCCACUGAGGCUAGAGAUUCAGACUUUCAGAAGGCCCAUGGAAUCCUGCUUCCUCCUGGGCUCCCUUCCCGAAACUCCUACCCCAGGACCUCCUGGAACUCCACCCUGCUGGACCACAGAAGAAAUGACCUCUGAGACAUCAAAUGCUGGAGGCCCAGGUGCAGCUCUGACUUCCUAAUCAGUCUCAAACCCAGACAGGGCUGAGGUUUCCUUAGAAGAAGUGCCAGGACCUUUAAAGGGCACCUUUCAUCUCUCCCUCGCCCUCCCUCCCACCUCUCAGACCUAGCACCAAGAGGAAGCACCCCACAGACAUGGGUGAGAGGGGCACAAAAGACCUGCAGGGACCCUCCCAGUACCUGCUGACAGCAGCUCCAGCUCCAUCCUGGUCUCCUUUCUUUCUCCAGUUUUGAUCAUCUUUUCAGACCCUGGGGGACCUUGGCUGGGUUUCUUGCCCCCUAGGCUCCAAAGGGGACUUCCUGUGGCUCUUGGGAAGUCCUUUGGUGCUUAGAGGUCCCCAGGAGACSUUUGGGCCAUGAUACCAUGUGCUCAGACGCCCCACUUUCAGAACCCAGGCCYCUGAUGUAGCUGCCGUCCUGCACACUGACUGUGGGAUCCACGGACACCAGCCUGAUGGGCUCCCUUCGGCACUGCCGCUGCCAGCUACCCAAGAUGGGUGACACCUGGGCCCAGCUUCCUUGGCCUGGACCUCCCCAACCAGCCAUGCUGCUGGUCUCCCUUCUUUUGGCAACUGGGGUGAUGCGCUCAGAUGCRGGAUCCAGCUGCCCGGUCCUUUGCUCGUGCCAUAACCAGGUUGUGGACUGCAGCAGCCAGCGGCUAUUCUCUGUGCCCCCAGAUCUGCCGAGGGACACGCGCAACCUGAGCCUGGCCCACAACCGGAUCUCGGCCGUGCCGCCUGGCUAUCUCACAUGCUACAUGGAGCUCCGGGUGCUGGAUUUGCGUAACAACUCUCUGAUGGAGCUGCCCCCGGGCCUCUUCCUCCAUGCCAAGCGCUUGGCACACCUAGAUCUGAGCUACAACAACCUCAGCCAUGUGCCCGCUGACAUGUUCCGGGAGGCCCACGGGCUGGUGCACAUCGACCUGAGCCACAACCCGUGGCUGCGCAGAGUCCACCCCCAGGCCUUCCAGGGCCUGGUGCAGCUCCGAGACCUGGACCUCAGCUACGGGGGCCUGGCCUUCCUCAGCCUCGAGGCUCUCGAGGGCCUGCCGGGGCUGGUGACCCUACAGAUUGGGGGCAACCCCUGGGUGUGUGGCUGCACCAUGGAGCCCUUGCUGAAGUGGCUGCGGAACCGGAUCCAGCGCUGUACUGCGGAUUCUCAGCUGGCUGAAUGUCGGGGCCCCCCUGAAGUGGAGGGUGCCCCCCUGUUCUCACUCACCGAGGAGAGCUUCAAGGCUUGCCACCUGACUCUGACCCUGGACGAUUACCUCUUCAUCGCAUUUGUGGGCUUCGUGGUCUCCAUCGCUUCCGUGGCCACCAACUUCCUCCUGGGCAUCACAGCCAACUGCUGCCACCGCUGGAGCAAGGCCAGCGAAGAGGAAGAGAUUUGACGUAGGUGCCUGUCAUCCCUCCAUGCUGCCGACUGCCACUGCUGCUGACCACUGGUCACCCUCCCCAGCUGCCCACUCUGGUUCCAUUGUGCCCUGUCCACCUCAGCCAUGGUUCUGACAAGUUCUGGAAAACUUCAUGUGAGCAUCUCUGUCCACUUUG